UGCGAUGAGCAUCGCCCCGGGCUCAGCCCCCGCGCACCGGGCCCUUUAAGGCGCGAGCCCGGUGCCGCCCUGACGUCAGCGGGGCGGGCGCGCCCGGGCAGCCGCAGCCCCGGCGGCUCCAGCUGCGGCGGGCGCGCCCGACGCCCGUCGCUGCCUGACACCACCGCCAUGGCUGGGGCGCAGGGCUGCGGCGAGGGGAAGAUCGCGGGGCUGUACGACCUGGAGCACACGCUGGGCAAGGGCCACUUUGCGGUGGUGAAGCUGGCGCGGCACGUCUUCACCGGGCAGCGGGUGGCCGUCAAGGUGAUCGACAAGAGCAAGCUGGCGGGGGAGGCGGCGGGGCAGCUCCUGCAGGAGGUGCGCUGCAUGAAGCUGGUCCAGCACCCCAACGUGGUGCGCCUCUACGAGGUCAUCGACACCCACGCCAAGCUCUACCUCAUCCUGGAGCUGGGUGACGGUGGGGACAUGUUCGACCACAUCAUGCGGCACGAGGGCGGGCUGACCGAGGCGCGGGCCAAGCACUACUUUGCCCAGAUCGUCCACGCCAUCUCCUACUGCCACAAGCUCCACGUGGUCCACCGCGACCUCAAGCCCGAGAACGUGGUCUUCUUCCAGGAGCAGGAGGUGGUCAAGCUCACUGACUUCGGCUUCAGCAACCGCUUCCAACCCGGCAAGAUGCUCACCACCAGCUGCGGCUCGCUGGCCUACUCGGCGCCCGAGAUCCUGCUUGGGGAUGAGUAUGAUGCCCCGGCUGUCGACAUCUGGAGCCUGGGGGUCAUCCUCUACAUGCUGGUGUGCGGCCACCCCCCCUUCCAGGAGGCCAACGACAGUGAGACCCUCACCAUGAUCAUGGACUGUCGCUACACCGUCCCCCCACACGUCUCGGCACAGUGCACGGAUCUCAUCUCCAGGAUGCUGCAGCGGGACCCGAAGCAGCGAGCCUCCCUGGAGCAGAUCGAGGGCCACGCGUGGCUGCAGGGGGUGGACCCGUCCCCCGCCAGCCGCUGCCUGCUGCCCCUCACCUCCCACAAGCGCGUGUCCGAGGAGGAGCACGAAAUCAUCCUCCAGGCCAUGACGUGCGGGAACAUCGCGGACCGGGACACCAUCCAGGAGGCGCUGGAGGCUGACCGCUACAACCACAUCACAGCCACGUAUUUCCUGCUGGCGGAGAGGAUGCUGCGGGAGAAGCAGGAGAAGCAGGGCCACCGCCUCAGCCUCGUCUACAACCUGGCCAAGGAGGUGCAGAGCAGAACCAACUUAUCAGACACAUUUGGCCCCGCAAGCAGCGCUGGUGGCCUCUCGCCCUUCACGGAAGCAUCAGGUGGCCUCACCAUGAGUCCCCGGCUGCCCCCCGGAGCGGACCUUGUUGGCCGGCAAACCCCUGGGACCCUGCUGAAGGUCCCUGCCGUUGACACCACCAUCACCAAGAGCACCCCAGCCCUGCAGCAGAUCUGUGAAGAGGAAGAGGAGGAUGAGGAGGAGGAGGAGGGGAGACCGAGCACCAUGGAGAGGAAGAGCAGCUCGCUGAACCAGGAGCAGAUGCGAGCCUUCCUGCGUGCCCACCGCCCGCCUGGCCGCGGGGAGGUCUGGGGGCCGGGGCCCGAGCUGGGGGGCCGGGGUGGGCGCCUGGGCGCAGCCUGGGCUGGGAAGGGAGCGAGUGCGGGUCGGGGUCCCCUGGUGGCACGGGAGGAUGGAGCUGAGGUCCCCAGGACGAGGGAGAACAUGGAGCUGGGGGGGUCCUUGGCAGAGCCCCCCAGGGAGAGAGCCGCCACCCCGCCACCCCAGAGCAGCCCUGCUGGGGUCCCUUGGGCACAGGGGACACAGACAACCCCCGCCACCCUCCCAGGUCCCAUGGGCAAGUCCCCAGGGCCCACAUCACCCACCAGCCCAGCCCGGCGGUCAGUGGAGAACUUGGGCCUGGGGGGCAUUGAGGGGGUUGCAGAGAAUGUCAUCAAGCUGGACCCAGGCAAGAGCAAGGGGGGCAGCCUGCGGGACAGGCUCCUGCAGUUCCCGCUCUGCGAGAAAGCCCUGGCCUUCAAAAUCCGGCCCAGCUCCAAGGAGAGUCUCCUCUCCCUGGGGCAGUUCAACUGCUGCCAUGUCAUUUAAGCCCUGGGGCAUGGGUGCGGGACGACACCCGCUCCCUGCUUUGGUCCUGCCUGUGCCCCAUGGAGCAGUGGCUAUGGGGUUGGCAGGGGACACAGUGACUCUGCUUUGUCACCCGUGGUGGCCACCCUGCCAGCACCCACCCUGGACACCCGCUGCGGUGCCAGGGGACCGGGCUGGGGCAGACCCCCAGGAUGGGACUGCCCGGGGCCGGGGUGAGGUGGGUUGGGGUCU